UAUAGUUACCGCACAUGUUAGCGUGCUUGAGAACUUGAAGGGCUGCCAACGAAUGUAUACUCAUCAGUUAACGGUCGUCAAGCGAUAGAGCUCGCGCCAAAAUACUUGCACAUCCCGAAAGCCUUCGCUUGCACCAUGCCUCCCGCUAUUAAAGUUCGUGAAUUCCUCGCUGCUAAGGCCGCCAAUGCCAAGGCCGGGACUGCGGAGGCGAAGUCAUCGACGCCCUUAUGGAAACAAAAGCUCCAGACGCGGACAGGGAUUACACCGACAACGACACCUGUGACGAAUAAAAGUUCCACUAGGCAGUUACCAGUCGAAGUAGGAGGAGAGGCCGAAGCACGGACAGCGGAUGCUACGAGCACGUCUUACGCUCAGCAGCAGGAUGCUAAGUCAGGAGAGCAAGCUGCAACGGGAUUCGGAGCAGAGCUUAAGCUUACCCUUAUCCAAGCGCCGCUGCUACCCAAACCAGAGAUAUCCAGGCCAAAACCGCCAUCAGAUCGUGCUGCAUUACUUAAACAGCUGCAGUCCCUUCGCUCAGCAGGCGCUGAAAUCCUCUCUUCUGCCGAGGCUCAGCCAUCUCAGCAGCAGCCUACAGCUCCGACCGUCGUCCCCUUCGCUCCCCUUUCAUCGUCAGCCACACCAUCCGCAUCCGAAUUCAGCUUUCCGUUCUCCUCGCCCUACGCAACACCAUCUCGCCCUACACAACCACAGACGGCAUCCGCUAACAUCCCCUCUCCACUCCAACGGACCCUUGCCUUUGGAUCCCCGGGCCCCGCCCUUACCUCCCCGUCACCCAUGACACCCUCCAUGACCUCACUUGGCCUAGCCAGCCCUGGGCCGCAGCACCAACAGUACGGCACAACUGCCGCCACCCUACGUACGGCAGAACAUACGGCGCCCCUGAGUCCCCCAGCCUUGGCCGGACUACGGCAACAGGAGGCCCACGACACGGGUGGCGGCUUCUUAACCCACUAUGCCGACCCGGCCACGUUGGCGACGCCGUCGCCGUACGGCACUGCAGGAGCAGCUGGCGGCGGCGGCAGGAGGUCGAGUACGACACGCGGCCAGCUGAUGCUGGCGACGCCAGGAGGGGGAGCUGGCGGGUCGUCAACACCGCUGUCUGUGCUGCGGUCCAUACACCGUGUGCAGCAGUUGCAGCGGUUGCAGCGGGAAGGGGCGCAGCUGGUAGCGGCGAUUGGGGAGGGCUGCAGCGGCCAUGAGAGGAGCUGAGGACGUGAGGAGGCUGCAGGGAAGGAGUUACCGUACUUCGACACGUGGCGGAGUGGCGGCGAUUGAUGACAGGAAGAGGCGAGCUGUGCAGCCUGACGUGACAUGGGAACUGUCCUGUCACAGGCUGAGUGCGUUCAGGUGGCGGAGGAUGAGAGGUAAAGGAAGAGAGAGAGGGAGGCUGAACACGUUAAGACAUGGCUGGACAUGGCGCUGAGGGGCUGACAUGGUUGCCCGGGGCGCUUCGGGCCUGUUGACAGUAGUGAUGGGGGUAUCUAGCAGUGUUGGUAAGGUGUUCUAGACGUGCACAGAAGUAGGGCGUAGGGUCAGGCUUGCUGGUUCCGUUCGGAUCAGCAAAGCGCUGGGUAGAUAAGGAGGGCUUGGAUGAGACCAUGACUUGCCGUAAGUUUGUAGACAAGGGAGGUGGAGGAGUGGAAUGCUUGGACGAUUGCGGUUGUAGCCAAUUGUGACUUUGUUUGUGAUGACGUGGAGUACAAAGGGGAGGGUGCAUUUGUUCUGGGUUGACGGGCGUUCCGAAUGGCGCAAUGCCCAUCGUAGGGUUCUUUUUUUGACAGGUUAAAAUCAUUUCGGCUGAAGUAUUGUGAGGUAGAGCUGUUUCUGAGUACGUAAAGGAAGCCAUAUAGUUGUGAAACUACAACAACGUAUGAAGUCCUUGCAUCCAUGGCGGUCUCUGCUGGUCGGGGAUUCUCUGGGCAUCAAUGCCUUCUCCAAAAAUUGAACGAACGGACGCAGGACAAUAGUUGCCGAGAGAUAUCGCCUAACGCGGAAUCGCUUAGUGCAGCCAAGCUACGGUACGCACGUACGGUACGCAAGGCUGAAUAAGGUUCACUUGACUGCCCUUAUGCGCUUCGACCUGGUUUCCCAUUAUGUUAUUCAUGUUCGGAGCUGAUACAUAAGGGGCCAUUGUACAAGUAUUGGGCUCACCACGCUCCGAGACCGGAUAAAGUCCUAAGGCAUAUACUCACCGCCGGCAGGGUGGGGCUUGAGGCGAAACACUUUGCUUCGAUCAAGAAGUUGUUUUGUUAUCCAUUUGCGAUCUGUCAAUAACCGUGUAUUUGUCAGCAUCCGAACGACACACUUACGCUCGGCGUUUGGCUUGCUAUCUACCAUUGAGUUCACUGCAUCCGAGGCUCUGAAGAGCCGCUGUUACAGCCAGCUGCAGCUAGGAUUCGUUUCCGGGAUAUGGUCGACAAUCGCCGGCGGAAACACGCUAAGGCAGAGACUGACGGAGAGGGGCAAUCUGCGUCGACGUAACUGCUUGGUUGGAUUGCCUCCAAGCGUUCGCAAGCAGCAGUAAUAACGCUUUCAAUAGGUUAUCUCCUAGCCGCGGGGACAUCUUGCAUACUCCCGCUAAACGUGAACACCAUAGCUAUGUGGGCCAACUCGGCAACGAACUUCGAUGUUGCUGCGCCACUUGUCGGUCGGCUGCCUUCGACGUGCAAUGCUAAUAAGAACGAAGCCGCCUCGUCUUGCCCAUACAACCUCGCUCUGAGCUGUCAAGAAGUUAUUGAACACAGUUCCUCCUCGCCUGGGGCAAUAGCAGCUGCGCAACAGGAGUCGCCAACCAGUCCUGCUCCGCGCAUCCUUAGCGCUUCCGAGCCAAGUUCAAUGCCUUCAGCGUUGGGACCGCUGCAAUCAACGCUAUCAGGCAACUGCAGCCCUCGAAAUGCCCAGAUCCUGCAAGCCUCGGCAUCAGCCCUAACAAUUCCCUUAAAGGUAUCCCCUUUCCCAUUACUUCACUUGCACCAAGAGCUGCAGCAACAGCAGCAGCUUCGCCCGCUAAGGAGCGACAUUGCAAGGCUAGGCACAAAAAGGAACAACGUCACGACUGCAAUGGCAGCAGCAGCAACUAUGGUACCAACUGCGCCUCUGCCGCCGCCGGCGACCGCUGCUGCUGCUGCUGCUGCCUGGUCAUCGACGCCUCCCUCGUCCUCCCCAGCCUCCGUAUCCGCAGCAGCUGCAGCGGCUGUUGCUGCUUUGACGGCCGCAGCCGGCCGGUGUGGUAGCAGCACCAGCGGCGAUGGCAAGUCAAUUGCAUUGUCGACGGAGAUUCGCAGCUACUGUGACAAAAUGAAACGCACGUACGAAGACCUCAGCGCCGGUAAACAACAACAACAGCACCAGCAGCAGUACCAGCUGCCGCGAUUGGCCAGUUCUGCACCGCAUGGGUGCGAUGCUGGGAAUGUUGGGAGCACAAAGAACCGGGAGGCCCAGCGGAGGUUCAGGCAACGCCAGCGGGAGGUCACGUCGGAAUUGGAGGCACGCAUUCAGCAGCAGGAGGAGCAGCUGGCGGCACUCAGACGCGAGAAACGAAUGGUGGAGAAGCAUAACGAGGUUCUGCUGAAGCAGCUGCGAGCCUAUGAGGACGCCGCCGCGCUGCAACAGCAGCAGCAGCAUCAAAGUAGCUUUGAGGCCCAGACAAGGCUGUCUGGAGCCGCUGCUUUCUUCUCGGGCUGAGGAUUGAGGAAACAUGGCCUGAGGAUGACUGGGGAUUUGAGCGUUUGAGUCGGUAGUUUGAGUUAGUAAUGAAAUAAGGGCAUGGGCGGCAUCCCUGCACAUGGCGUGGGAUCAUCAUAUGCAUGUAUGCGGCCAUGCCUGCCGCCCUUCCGCAUGGCAUAAUAUAACGGUUACACCGGUGAGGCGUUUCACAUGUUGACUCAUGGGUCACCUGGGAAUGGCGUCAUGUCGUACGCCGCACUCCUUCCCUGGCAACUUUGUGAUAAUGCAAUCGAAGUCGAGCGGCGCGCGUAGCCCCCAACCAGUUUGCUUUUGUAGCUUUGGGUAUUUCUGUUUUGUGUGAUGUCUCUUGGUAUGCAAGGCCAAGUACGCGUGUUUUUUUGUUGUCUUUCUUGCCCGGGUUUUCAUAAUUGCUGUUUGGUUGGGACGGAAUUGUAUGGGUUGUCCUCUGCUGUGUAUGGGCGCGCGUACCGUUGAUGAAAGGAGGUUGCGGCCUGAAUGUGGCGAUUGUCGCCAGAAUAUGGGAUACCCUUGUUUACAGCUUGUGCAGGGUUACCUGGGGGAUGCGUGGUGUGUUGGUCUCGUAAUUUUUUCUGGAUUACCGUUAACCCAAUAAUGUGUCAGGCGGUUGCGGAAGAAAUAAACGCGGCAUUGGGUUUUGUUAUGACAAUUAGACUGGGCAACAAGGGCAGUAUACCGGCCUGCCAUCGCAGGCGUGGGUUGGCAACUUGACAUGGGCUGAUCAACACGAGAAGCGCCCUCUUGACCCAUGGGUCGUGAGAUGUUGCCCGGUGUUACCGUACUAGACGGUGCUGCUGCUUGCCCGGCAUCACUUUCCCGUCGUUGUCCGGUUGGAACUCGGUGCUUUUGUCUUUUAAGUUGCACUUGCAGCGACGACCUUGUUGUGCUGUGACGUUACUGUCCUUGUUUUUUGUCGUACCGGCGCUGCCAUGGUCAACUACGUUGAAUGUGUGUUGAGACACGUGUGUCAGUGCGUUGCCAAGUGCUGCUUUUACACAGACAGCUUCGAGGUUGGGCGAUGAGGAACAACCGUAUCGCUGCUUCGCUUGACCCUCAUAUGAAUUUGAGGGCGACCCGGGUGUCCCGACUUGCUCUGUUGCCGAGUCCUGGAAGCUGACGUUCAAGCCUGUAGUAAGGCCGGGUGGGAUUUUGUUUAUUCAUACGUACGCUUUAGGUGGUAUGAUGCGGUUUGCAUUUCGUCCAAAUAUAGGGUACGGAGUCCGUACGGAGCCCAUGGUUGAUGACUAAUGAAAAGAAGACCUAACAAAGACUGCAUAAUAUUUCAAUUUUCUUUCGUGCAACUGACUAAUCUGCAAGCUUAGGUAGUCUAGU